GUUGUUGUACCUCAAGUCGCAAGUUCCAGUCAUCCAGUCCAGUCCAGCCACAGAAAACCUGAGCACGUCAGAGGACGUAACAUAACAGUCCCAGUCACAGAACAGAUUGUAUAUAUUUUAUGGUCGUAGUGAGGCACAAAAUUAGUUGGUGCUGCUAGUGAUUGUGGCUAAAAUAGUGGUGGUGUGGUAGAGCUUGGUGUUGUCGUGUUGUGACAGUUCAGUGAUCUAGUGACAAUAAAAACAACAGAGAGUUAAACUUUAUUUCAUGAAUAAUUAAAUCAAGUGAAAGUCUGAAGCAACUUGCUAGAUAAAUGCUAUCAAAACAAACCCUCUGAAGAUAUUUGCAGUCUGCGCACACGUAUUGGUUUUUAUCGCAGAUAAUCCUUGCUUUCCGUGUACUGUCAAGCAGAUGUGAAAGUGCAACAUAUUUCAAAUAAAAUCGAAGGCAAGGGAGCGCCUAAAUAACUUUUUUGAUUUCGUUUCUAAUCGAUCAAAGGUAUGCUAUAAACGCACGUCAAAUUUGUUUAUCGAUUUUAAAGCGUUCGUUUUAUUAGGGCAUUUACGUGGAAAUAACUGCGAAGAUGGUGUCUGGAGGGAUGUCUUGUAUAAAAUACCUUCUGUUUUGCUUCAACCUUCUCUUUGCUAUAUCUGGAAUAGCAAUACUAACAGUGGGAGCUAUACUCCACAUAAGCUAUUCAGAUUACACCAAUUUUGUGGAUAGAAGCUAUCAGUAUUCACCCAUAAUCUUGAUUGCUGUUGGGGUGAUCAUUUUUAUUGUAGCAUUUUUGGGGUGCUGCGGAGCUGUGAAGGAGAACAUCUGUAUGAUUGUUACUUUCAUUGUUCUCCUGGUGGCUAUCCUAAUCUUGGAAAUUAUUGUUGGACUUGUGGGAUACAUUAAGAAGAAUGAAGUGGAGGUUAUGUUGGAGAAAAAUCUCAAUUCUACAAUGCAUAGUUACUACAACAAUCCGGAGAUUAGGAAAUCCUGGGACAUAACUCAACAUGAGGCCGAAUGCUGUGGCGUGAAGGGACCCAAGGACUGGACUGUGAUUACCAAGAACGACUCGCUACCACACACUUGCUGUCCAGAUACUCCUGAUGAUGGUACCUGCACCACCCACCUAAACCAUUACAAGGUAUCUUGUUUAGAGAAAAUGAAAACGCUCUUCAACAGAUAUGGUGCCAUCAUAGGAGGUGUUGGAGUUGGCAUAGGGGCAGCUCAGCUGAUUGGUGUACUGUUUGCAACCUGCUUGGCGAGAUCAAUCAGAAAAGAGUAUGAAACGGUGUGAAUGCACCAUAAGUAAAAAACCUCACGUGCGUAUGUAUUGCACAGUAUUUCCCACAUUCUGUCCAUGGUUUAGUUUGUUAUUUAUUGUUUUUAUAGAAUGUUAUUUUUAUUUUUUACUAUUAUAAAGUAUGUAUACCUCACCUCUGCAUUUAUUUUGUAUCUACUACUGGAUCAGAAAUAUCUUAAGAACACAGCACAACUGUUACUUGAAAUUUUACACGAAUUUAUAUUGCAGAUGCAAGAUAUACAAUUUUCAAAAACACUCAAUUACAUUCUAACCAAAGUCUGAUUUUUAGUAGUAUUAUGUUUAUAUUGAUCGUUUUGUUAUUUUUUUUCUUGUAAUGAUAGUAAUGAAUAUUAUCUUGUUAUUCAUAGAUGUAAGAUUGUAUAGUUAAUUAUAAAUAUAGCAACAUGUUUUACUUUGGUUUGUAGUAGAAUUAACUUUUUUUAAUUGAUGUCUUUUGCGUGAGACUGUUGCAGAAAAUUCACCUUUGUCUUGGAUGCUCGAAAUAUGCCAAACCUAUUUAUGGAAAAACAUUAUUUUUGAAAUGAUUUUAAGAAUUUUUACCUUUCAUAUUUUGUAGUCACCCUCUUUGAAUGUAAAGGGAUGAAAAAUGUAGAUACCAAAAUAAUUUCCUGUAUAAUAUGGAUGAAUAUACCAAUUACAUAAUUAUAAAUUAACAUUGUCUAAUCUAAAAAUUUUGCAAGAAUGUCUUCGGAAAAUCGCAAUUGGCCAUUUUAUGCUACAUACAAAAAAACUCUGUAAUUGGUGUAUUCCAAAUUCUAGAAAAUUACUAUACACUUUCGGAUUCAUUAAGCGAUUGUCAGUUUUAAAAACCAAAUUAUUUAGUCUCGAAUAUGCAAUUUUUUUUAUUUUUAGCUUAUUGGGUUAGGUUUCUCCAGAAAGUAAUGCAUUUAGUUUCAUAACACAACUGCCAUGUAUCUGCAGCAAAAUAUGUUAAAGACCUGAAUUUGUACUAAUAUCGAGAGGAGGUAUGAAAGCUGAAUCGUAUAACUUACUGGGCUGCCCCUGAAUUCACAUUCAGUUGUAUUUUGAGUUGAAUUGUUUUAUAAUUAAAAUCACACUCUGUAUAUGUAUAAUACCUUGAUUUGUGCUAAAUUAAAUGUUAUUGUGGCCCAUUUAAUUUCAAUAAAAGAAAUUUACAUACAUAACGUUAUUGCAAAUAAAACCAAAUUAGUACAUUACUAAAAUUUAUUAUUACAAU